UAAUAUACCAAGAUAAGACGAAAUUAUAAUUAUUAUAAAGACAAGUAUUACAGAUUGUAAUCAAUUUCUGUUUUUACUAGCUAUGAAUAAAUGGUCACUUUUAAUUAUAAUUGUGAACUAUCAUUAAAAAUGUCAAUAGCAAAAACAUCCGAAAAUAUAUUUAAUUGGAUAUAUAUUUAUACAUUUAUAUUUACACGUUUGAUUAUAUAUUUAUAUAAUAGCUUCACUAAUGGAAAUUUAUCAAUUAUUUACAAAAGUAAUCUUGCUUCAUAAAACAAUCACCACUGGCACUAUUUUAUAUUCAAGAGUUAUUUUAAUUAAUUACAACGCUAAUUAAUUUAAAAUAAAGAAUGUAGAAUUAUAUACUGUUUUGGAUAAAAAGAAAAUAUCCUCUGGAAUAUUCAGUUUAACUAGAAGAUGAAUAAACAGGUAAAUGACUCAAACGACUAAAAAAGGCUCAACCAACUUUGAAAAAUUCACAUGAAAAAUCGUUUAACAAUUUAAAUGAAGAGAAAUAAAUCUAUUGCAAUUUUUAUUGUACUUUAUUGAUCUUUAUUUCUUGAACUAUGAGCUGUAUGAAAUCUUCACGUGUUAUGUCAGAACAACUUUUAGGACAAAUAGAUAUACCAGAUACGUCAACAAUAAAAGGGUCUUUGAAUUUAAAAAAUAAUUUCCACUAUGAUAACAACAAACAGAGGAUUUCUGAAUUACCUAAACAAAAAUGGAGUAGUGUUCAUGUUAAGGGUGAAAGUACAAAAAGUCUUUUGAUAGAAAAUGGUGGACUACCAACAGCACCUAUUAAAAAUACAAUACGAAAGGAGGUUUUGUCUUUGGGUGCAGAUGUUCUUCCUGAAUAUAAACUGCAAUCCCCAAGAAUUCACAAGUGGACUAUUUUGCACUAUUCACCAUUCAAAGCUGUAUGGGAUUGGAUAAUCUUAAUAUUAGUUAUGUAUACAGCAAUUUUUACUCCAUAUGUGGCAGCAUUUUUACUACCUGAACCAGAUCACCAAAGAAGGAAGACGAACUCUAAUAAUUAUGGCGAAGAUCCUAUGGUUAUCAUUGAUCUUAUAGUUGACGUUACAUUCAUCGUAGAUAUUCUUAUAAACUUUCGCACUACAUUUGUAAAUAGUAACGACGAAGUUGUAUCUCAUCCAGGAAAAAUUGCUGUUCAUUAUUUUAAAGGAUGGUUUAUUAUAGAUCUUGUAGCAGCUAUUCCUUUUGACCUUUUAUUAUUUGGUUCCAACACUGAUGAGCUUGGCUUGGACAAGGACGAGACUACCACCCUUAUUGGACUACUGAAAACAGCACGUCUACUACGAUUGGUGAGAGUCGCUCGAAAGAUUGAUAGAUAUAGUGAGUAUGGAGCCGCUGUACUCGUAUUGUUAAUGGCUACGUUCGCGCUAAUAGCUCAUUGGAUGGCUUGCAUAUGGUAUGCAAUAGGUAAUGGUGAAAGACCAAAAUUAAAAAGUAAAGUUGGUUGGUUAGAUAUUUUGGCUAACGAUACACACCAAUUUUAUGGACCCGAUGAUUCUGGAGGCCCUAGCAUAAAGAGUCGCUAUGUGACAGCUUUAUACUUCACGUUCAGUAGUUUGACGUCCGUAGGAUUUGGAAAUGUAGCGCCGAACACUGAUGCAGAAAAAAUAUUUACCAUAAUAGUUAUGUUAAUCGGAUCUCUUAUGUAUGCUAGUAUAUUUGGUAACGUAUCAGCAAUAAUUCAGAGAUUGUACAGCGGUACAGCGCGUUAUCACACACAAAUGCUACGAGUUAGGGAAUUCAUAAAAUUUCAUCAAAUUCCAAAUCCUCUCCGUCAACGUCUAGAAGAAUACUUCCAGCAUGCAUGGACUUACACUAAUGGAAUUGACAUGAAUAGUGUUCUCAAAGGAUUUCCUGAAUGUCUGCAGGCUGACAUAUGCCUUCAUCUAAAUCGUAAUUUAUUGAACAACAGUCGAGCUUUCCAAGGUGCAAGUCCAGGUUGUCUCAGAGCAUUAUCGUUGAAAUUUAAGACCACACAUGCUCCACCAGGUGAUACCCUCGUUCAUCGAGGUGACGUACUUACUUCAUUAUAUUUCAUUGCAAGAGGUAGUAUCGAAAUCCUCAAAGAUGAUAUUGUCAUGGCAAUCCUCAGCAAAGAUGAUGUUUUUGGGGAGAAUCCCUGCAUCUAUACAACAAUUGGUAAAUCUUCUUGCAAUGUCUGUGCUCUUACUUACUGUGAUCUUCAUAAAAUUCAUCGAGAUGAUCUACUCGAUGUACUAGCCCUUUAUCCUGAAUUUGCACAACAUUUUAUCCAGAACCUGGAAAUAACCUUUAAUAUGAGAGAUGAGGACCAAGUAGGAGUUGAUCCACUAUCUACUAGAUUAGCUGUUGGUUCCCCUACUGAUAUUGACAUGAACAUCAAAAAGUAUUCAUUAUGUCCACUGAAAUGUCGUCGAACUCCAGGAGAUAUCUCAUCAUGCUCGUUGGCACCAACAUGUCGGCGUAGUUCAGGAAGAGAAAUAACAUCAGAACAAUAUGAUAAAAGUAAUUCUCGCGGUAUUCUUGAAUUCUCUACAGAAAAGGCAGGACAAGAUGUCACGCCCUUGAAUCUAGAAUUUGAUGACCAAAAAAAAAAUUCAACUCUAAACUCCUUAACAGAUAUGUUGAGCCAUUUGAAACGCAGUUUUCCAGAUUUGAGACAACAUAAAAAUCAGAUGCAACGAUUGACAAGAAACGAUUAUCUCACUGAACGUGACAUCACUUCAUUAGUAACCAAAAAAACACACCAAAGCAUACACGCUCCAAUCAGUAAUGGAAAUAAGAACAGUACUCAGAAAGCCGAGAAUAAAAUUAAUUAUAUCUCCAUUAACAAUAAUAAAUAUGUUCCAUCUCCAUCACCAGAAGUAUCUCAUGGACAAGGAAUAUCAGAGAAUAUUUAUGAAUACAACCAUGCCCGUUCAUUUGAAGAAAUUAAUACCCGGAUUGAUCAACUACAAAAUCAAUUAAAUUUCCUUGAAAAUUCAAUAACCAAAGACAUGCAAUUAAUCAUAACUAUGAUUAAGCAAUUACUUCAUUUAUCCAAAGAAAGCACCAGUGUUGAAUCAACGUUGAACAAUAUUCCAAAGCAUUCGCGAAAUACCACUUCGAUUAGCACUAAAAUUUCGAGACUGUCACAGCAACCACCAAGUGACUUCCAGAAUAAUAUUUCGAGGCAAUCACAGAAACAAUCUUCAACUAUUCAAAUUUCAAGUCAGAGCCACGAGUUAUCAAGAUUAUCAGCACAAAGGCAGUAUACAAGUUCUAUAGAUAAAUCAUGUCUUACUGAUACAUCAGAUCAUUCCAGUUUGAUAGACACUGUACAUUAUACUUCAAAAACAGUUCCUAAACGAUCACAAAGUCAUCCAGCCGAUCUAGCCUUACCGUUUUGUAACAAUCACGGCUGCCACCACCAUCAAAUACAGCAUCAUAAUUGUGAUCAAUGUUUAGCUGCUUGCAGAUGUGAGAUCAAAAGAGGAUGCAGUUUUUGCAACAAAUUUUCGGACGCCAAUAAAGCUGAUGAGUUGAACAAUUAUUCCCUUGCUAUUGAAUUGGAGCAGCAACAACAUUUUCUGUCCAGAAUGGGUUCUCGACCAACUGCCAUCACUAUAAUACCGAAAUCAGUAGUGAAAAAUGAAUCAAAUGACUUAUUGCAACUCAGUGUUAUUUGUACCCCGAAUACACUUAAAGAAGAGACGUUUGUGAAUUUAAAUCACGUGCAACAGAAACCAAAAUGCGCAUCCCUAUCCUAUAGUAACGAAGAUAUUUAUGGAGAAGAUCCAUUAAAUACAGCGCCAAUUGCAAGACUUGAAUCACUUGAUGAACUUGAUCAAGAUUAUCUGAGUCUAAGUUAGUUUGAAAAUAAUGAAACAAUAACUUUACCGCACAUUAAUCAAUUAUAUAAUAAUGUAUUUGUAUUUGUACUUAAGGGAACGAAUAUUCAAAUUUACAAUUAUG